AUGAAUGAUACGUAUGUGGUGACCGAAAAAUGGAUUCCAAAAAUCCGGUUGAUCAUACCUCCAGGCACGGCAGACACAACGGUGAGCCCUAACGGCCACGUUUUCGUGAAAUACAAUGACUUUGAAUCUUACCCAAUGUUUUUUGUUUACUACCGAUGGUCACCGGAACUACGAAAUGAAAGCAAGUUUUUCGUCACCAAAAACAACCUCCAGAAGUUGCAGCAGCAAGAAGAACUGCUGACGCUAUGUCAGCAAGUAGCAGAUAUAUGUAUGAGUGCAGAGUCUAUCAGGGUCAAAGCUGACCUCACCGCCAUAGCCACAACUGCUGUUACCACCAAAUCCAAAGCCGCCGCCGCGGCCACUCCGAAACAGAAGCAGCUAAGCGAAAAUAAAACCGUCAUCAUGAGCCGCGCUGCAGCCAAAGCUGCAGCCGCAGAAGUUAACGCUGCCGCUACCAAAGCAAAAGUCACCGCCAAAGCCGCAGCUGCCACCAAAGUUGCAGCCGCCGCUGCCGCCAAAGUCGCAGCCGCCACCGAAGUCAAAGCCGUAGCCGCCGCCAAAGUCGCAGCCGCCGCUGCUGCCAAAGUCGCUGCCGCCGCCACCAAAGCCGUAGCUGCCGCCAAAGUCGCAGCUGCCGCCGCCACCAAAGUCGCAGCCGCCGCCGAAGCCAAAUCCGUAGCUGCCACCAAAGUCACAGCCGCCGCCGCCACUCCGAAACAGAAGCAGCUAAGUCAAAAGAAAACCGCCAACAUGUGCCGCGCCGCAGCCAAAGCCGCAGCCGCAGAAGUUAUCGCUGCCGCUACCAAAGCAAAAGCCACCGCCAGAUCCGUAGCCGCCGCCAAUGUCGCAGCCGCCGCUGUUGCCAAAGUCGCCGCUCGCCGCCACCAAAGCC